AUGAACGCCGCUACACAUUCAUUAUCGGCGUCAAUCACGUCAGCGUUGGCUCUCAAGCCGUCUACAGUGUACAUCUUACGCGUGGAAAACACUAAAACGCGACAGAGCUGGCACAUCCGUCGAUGCUUCUCGGAAUUCUGCGAGUUGCGUGAAAAGCUCUUGUCUUUGAUUGACGAUCAGAUGGCCGCGUACCUGACUAGUCCAGAGCUGGACAGCUCCGAGGACAGCUACACCGCUAGCUCCAGUAUCAGCUCCAGCGCCAGUACAGCCAGCAUUAGCUCGCAUCCUGUUCGGCUCCCGAUCUAA